AUGCUGAGAUAUCCCUUGCUUCUAAUAGCAUAUCUUGCGGCCACUCGAUCCCAAUCGCUUCAGAAAGCACUUGAUACAGAGUCCUCAGCUUCGACCUUUCAUUCGCUCCUCCAGCAAUUCGAACUUUUGGAAACAUUUGAUUCUCUGUCCAACGUUACGAUUCUCGCGCCAACAAAUCAGGCAUACAACGAUCUUGCUCCACGGGGCUUCAACGUUAGCGAAGUCCCAGCCCCGGUUGCGAAAGCACUCCUGUCAUACCAUGCCUUGCAAGGAGUCUAUAUGGCCGAUGACCUGGGAAAAGCAGCCAUUGUCACUCACAGCCACUUAGUGCCACCUGCGCUGACAAACGUGACCAAAGGCGCAGCUGUCAAGUUGUCGAGAGGCAACGCUGGACAAGUGGUAACUGAGUCGGGCUUGCAAGUCAUCGGUGGCUCGGAGCAUUCGAACGUCAUCUUCGAUAAAGGUGUGAUCCACAUACUAAACUCCAGCAUGGUGUUACCUCAGAACAUCUCGGUGACGGCAGAAGUGAACGACCUUACAACUUUUCUUGACGCUGUUGAGCAGGCUGGACUUAUCCCGGAAUUCGAAAGUCAAGCCGACGUCACACUUCUGAUACCACACAAUGAGGCUUUGCAUGGUCUUCAACAGCUCAUAAAGCUUUUGCCCACCGAACAGAUGACUGCGAUUUUACGAUACCAUGUUAUACCGCACAAGGUCCUAUACCAAGGGAUCAUUCCUCAUGGAAAGUCCACUUACGACACGCUUCAAGGCUCGACUGUCACCAUCGAACACCAAGGCGAUGUAGAGUUGACAGUGAAUGGGAAAGAAAUUAUUCGCAGCGAUUUGCUGCUUUACGGCGGUGUUGCUCACAUUAUUGAUGGACUUCUGAUACCGGAGCAAGGUACGACGAAUGUCCAGAAGCUUUCAAUCUGUUGUUCAUCUUUUGCUAAAUAA